GGCGCGGGGAGGGGGAGCGGCGGGCAGGCCGGGCAUGGCGUCGAUGGCGGCGGCGAUCGCGGCCUCGCGCUCGGCGGUCAUGAGCGGGAACCGGCCUCUGGACGACCGGGAGCGGAAGCGCUUCACCUACUUCUCGUCGCUGAGCCCCAUGGCCAGAAAGAUCAUGCAGGACAAAGAGAAGAUCCGCGAGAAGUACGGGCCCGAGUGGGCGCGGCUGCCGCCCGCGCAGCAGGACGAGAUCAUCGACCGGUGCCUGGUGGGGCCGGGCGCCCCCGCGCCCCGCGCCCCCGGGGACUCGGGGGACUCCGAGGAGCUGGCGCGCUUCCCCGGCCUGCGCGGGCCCACGGGCCAGAAGGUGGUGCGCUUCGGGGACGAGGACAUAACUUGGCAAGAUGAGCACUCUGCCCCUUUCUCCUGGGAAACAAGGAGUCAGAUGGAGUUCAGUGUCUGUUCUUUAUCCAUCCAAGAGCCGGGCAGCGGCAUGGCCAGCGAGCCGAGACAGCUGUCGAAAGCCUCCCAGGGCUCACAGGCCCUCCGGCCCUCCCAGGGCAGCAAGUCCUCCAGCCUCGACGCCCUGGGUCCUGCCCGGAAGGAAGAGGAAGCUUCCUUCUGGAAGAUCAAUGCAGAGCGGUCCCGGGGAGAGGGGCCCGAGGCUGAGUUCCAGUCGCUGACCCCCAGCCAGAUCAAGUCCAUGGAGAAAGGUGAAAAGGUCCUGCCCGCCUGUUAUCGGCAGGACCCUGCCCUGAAGGACAGGGAGGCCAAGGUGGAAAGGCCCAGCACCCUCCGCCAGGAGCAGCGUGCCCUUCCCUGCGUCAGCGUCGAGCACGAGAGACCCCAGCCUGUCCAGGCCUGCACCAGCACGGUGAAGGAAGCCACCCCGUCCGAGCCCGUGGGGAAGCUGCCCUCUCCUGAGGACCAGCAGGAGGAUGUGGAGGCUGUGGAGGACCCUCUGUUCUCGGAACCCAUGCCGACACAGGUCACCUCAAGUAAUGUCGUCUUGAAGACAGGAUUUGAUUUUCUGGACAACUGGUAAAAUGUAUUAGACCAAAAAAAAUAUUAAAACCAAGAACCCCUAAGUGUUUUCCAAAGUGGUGUGGCGGAGGAGGAUAAAAUGGGCAAUAUUUCCCUGUGUAUUUUCCUGGUUUCUGUACACUUUUUUCUUAAUCAUUUGGAAACUGGUAAAUAUUGCCUUGUCCAGAUUUCCAGAUUUUUCUCUUUUUGGUAAGGCCAGAUAUAUAUAUGCUAUUUUCAAUGAUUUGAUAACAGAAGUUUUGCAUUUGGAAUUUUUUAAGACUUAAGGAAUUCCGUCGAUCUUGUACAUAAAGCUUCUGUUCCCACUUCCACCCAAUUCUCCCUCCACUCAGAGAAGGAGGUUUCUCAUCGUGUCACAAAAAUCGUAAAAGCGACUUCCAUCUCUUUCCCCUUUAGCCUCUCCCCUUUUUAUUAAUCAGGUGGGUUUUGUUGGGUGGCUAUUGGUGAUUCCUCAGCAGUAGUGACAUCAGCACUCUGGCUGGCUGUGACCACAGAAACAUGACCCCCUCCCCCCCCCGCCCCCAAUUCCCACCCAACGUUCCCAGCUGUCCAGGGCUUCCUGAAGCCACCCUUCUCUCAUCGUGUGCCACCCUCCACCCUCACGACGUUUCCAGGAAACAGACUGUUGGCACAUAGCAGAGAUGCUCUUUCAGCCGCCCUGUUACGUAUUCAAACUAUUCAUCAUUGUUUAAGAAGAGUUGCAUGUUUUAAAAAGUUUUGUAUUAACUUUUCAUUAUUUUGUAUCUAGAUAGAGACGUUGUAGGGCUACCACUUUCCUUGGGUGUGUACUGGUUUCGUUUUGGAAGUUCUUUGCUACUUAUGUGGCCUGGUGGAUGUUUCCUAUCCCGGGCAUCUAUCUGCAGAAGUUAAGGGCGGAUGGCAGGAUGGCAACUAAUCUUCUUCUGAUUAGUUGUGCUAGAACUUCCCAGCAUGAGACUGGGAGGGGCAGUGGACGUCCUUCAUCCCGAGGACUGGUCAAACUCUCCGGAUGGAUCUCCCUCCGCAUUCCUGACCACCAGCAGAAGUGGAAGAGUCAAGUUUCUGCAGCGCCCCGCAGCGCCCCCUGGAGACCUUUGUGGUCAUAGCAAUGGCAUCUCGGAGGGAGACUUGGCUACCCACUCUGCUGCUCAGGUGGAGGCAGCUCCCAGGCUACCCAGGGGAGCAAGGUGGCCCAUGCCCCCGAGGUGUGUGGGGCAGGGCGAGGAGGAGCGUGGGCCUUAGCCUGGGAAGCCUGUGCCCUGACCCGUGGCCCUGAGCUGCAUGAGCCUGCCGGACAUGCCCGAGUGUGAUCUACACAUUGCCUCUCACUGUGUUCUCCUCACCCGAAGCCUUAACCCCUACGAGUCCGACCAGUGAGCGCCUGGUUUCAGUAUCAAAGUGUGUCUUUUUAGAAAUGCAUUUCUGUUUUGUACGACCUUAAGUGAUUUCCAGAGUAUCUUAUCUGGCUCCAAGGUGAAGCACAUGGCAACUUUUUUUUUUUUUUUCUGAGAACGUUUCUGCCAAAGUUGUGGCCUAGCCAACUUUUGAUUUGGUUUCUGCCAAUUGCAUUAUGUCCCUAAACCUCAUUUGGCCCCUUAGGGUGGUGGAUAUGACCUUCCUGCUUUGGUGACUGUAUUAUGGCAAAUAUAGGUUCUUCUUGUACCAUUUAAGGAUAGUUGACACAUGCCAGGGAAAAAAGGUUUCUAGCAUGGUGGGGAGGGAAAAGGGCAAUCCCAGCUGAAACAGCACAGCAAGGUGCCGGCUCCUCGGGUCAGCCGCUGAGCCUCCGAGCCUGGCUUACCACCUGCCCCCACUUUUAGCCUGGAGGGCGGUGGGCUGUUUUAGAACCCGUGCUUGAAAACAGGGUUUCUUAAAAGAGAGAGAGAUGUACAGGUGUGAGUUUGUAUUCCUUGGUGCUGAGGUAGCAGGGAGGACUGAACGACAUCCGGGAACAGUUAGCCCAAGGUGAUCUGCCUGUUCUCCGGGGAGGUGGUUCUCAUUUCUUGCCGACUUUCUCAUAAAGCCCAGUUAUUCCUUUCAUGUCCUUCUGGCAGCUGAGGGGCUGCGGGGAUGGUUGAAAGUCUGCCUCCCCGGGUGUCACCUGGGGUCCUCCCCUAGAGGUGUUCGGUUAUCUCUCAGGACAGCGUUUAAAGUUUCGUAACCGAGGGCCUCCUAAGAUUAAAUGUAAAGUCAAAACUUGGGAAAUCCUAGAGUCGUGUUGCUUGGCCCUGCUUUCAGAAGUAAGGGGCUGUGCGAGGGAGAAGCGAAGGGCUGGAGGACACAGGCUGGUGGUGGGUGUCCAUCCUGCCUGACCAGCAGAUCCUCGUCACCCCGAGGUGUGUGUAAAAGAUGGUUCCGGCCCUGCCCUCUGGGGAGCCUGUGUUUGGUGUGUCCAAGUACGGACAAAUGAAGCUCUUAGGUUUGCUGCCUCGCUCCCCCCCCCCACCCCCGCCAGUGUAUCAGGGUAGAGUUUCUAGAACCAGAAGUUUGUAUUUAUUAUUUUUAAAAAUACACACUUUUCACCUGAAGCCUGUAUUUGGUUUUGGGGGUCUCCCCCACCCCACCCCCGUUCUGUGCACCUGGGAUUCAGCUCAAGGAUUUAGUGUCUUGCUUUGGGUGACUGUGUUUUGCAAACUCCCCCAGGAAGUCAGAAACCAGUUUCAGUUCUUUCCUUUGGGGGUCCCUACCCCGCUGUCUGGGUUUGGGAGUGCUGCCCCCUUGGGGACAGCUGGGGUCUGUCAUCCAGCCCUCGCUGUGCACCCCACGGGGAUGUCAGAGCCACCUGCCUUUCUUUGCGCCUCCCUUUCUUUGAUACACGUUUUCCAAAAAAAAAAAAAAAAAAUGAAACAUUCUUACUGACGACUUGUAACUUGGUUGUAUUUUAUAUUAAUAGCCUUUAAUAAAGCCGUUUAAAAUA